UAUAUGGAGGCCUGAGACCAAAUGAAGCUUUUGUGACCAUGAAGACGACGCAGGAACGACACGUGUGCGUCCUUCUACCAAACAAGCAGCACCUGGACUGUACUGUCAGGGUGAGAGCCAGAGGCCACAUGGUGUUGAAUAGUGUGUUGAAGCAGCUCGGCGUCAGUGAACUCCAAGUCUUUGGUCUGGCUGCUCUCAGAGAUAAUGAAUACCUCUUUCUUGAUUUGGAGAAAAAGAUUAGCAAGUACUUUGGCAAAAGAUGGAACAGAGGAUCUUUAAUGGCCCCAUUCAUCCUGUUUCUGAGAGUGCAGCAUUACGUCGAGAGUGGGCGGCUGAUACUGAGCAGCAGAGUGCAGCAGCUUUACUACGCUGAGCUGAGGCAGAAGGUGCUGCAUUCACAGAGCCGCCAUCAGGAAGCUUUGUUCUUCCAGCUGGCAGCUUCUGCACUCCAAGCUGAAGUCGGAGAUCUGGAGCAGAGAGCAGAGGGGGAUGAUGAAGAGGAGGGAGAAGAGAGAAAACACAGACAUUACUUUCUUCCUGAAGAUUACUUCCCCUCUUGGCUGAUAAAGCGGCGUGGACGAGACUUCCUGCUCCAGCACUGCCCGGUGUUACACGUCGAGCUGAGAGGUGUGACACGUAGCCAAGCCGUCCUGCAGUUUAUAAAAGAGGCCGGCAACCUGCAGGAUGGACCGGUCACCUUCUACAGGAUGAGACAGGAGAAAAAAGAGCUGAGAGGUUCAAUCCUUCUAAGUGUGGCAUUGAAAGGAGUUCAUAUUUAUCAGGAGGUGGAAGGGAAGCUGUGUCUAUUGUAUGAUUUCUCCUGGACCAAUAUUGACCGCCUCACUUUCCAGGUUGGUCCUACAUGCACACCUGAGCGUGCAUGUAUUCAAAUAAACUUGCAUAUUGCAUUGGAUUACUGUACCUCUCUCUCUCUUGCUCUCCAGGGCAGCAGGUUUGAAGUCGCUGCCGUGGGCUCUCUGUGCCUCUCUAAGCUGGUGUAUUACACUCCUUCAGCCUUCCACUCCAAACACAUCCUGAAGCACCUCAGUGACAGUCACCGGCUCCACAUCAGCACUAGAGGUGCAGUCAGCUACAUCCAGCAGCUGGAAGACAUGCAGGCCAGUCAGUUUUACAAAGAGGCCUACAUCUGUGACACAACACGCUUAGCAAACAGACUCCAGACCAACAGCCUCACAUCCUCCAUGUCCGACUGCAGUGUUGCAGACGAAACAGCCGCAGCCUGGUCCAAAGAAGAUGGGGAGGAAGAUAAAGUCACAGAGUUUGAGCUUUAUGUGGACGAGCCAGAGGAGUUAUUUGUCGACAACCCUGCUGAGCUGUCUUGGCUGGCUGAGCUGUCUGUCGAUGGACCUUUGGUGUUACCCUCUUCCUAUUGGACAGCUGUCACCGUGGAAAUGAAACAGGUGAGCAGCAUCUCUCUGAUUGAAAAUUUCCACCACAGCCCGACAUCAGAGGUGCCAGUGUGUUUUCUCUGAUCUUCGUGCAGGUUCUGAGGAGGAGGAGAGCUGAUGAAGGGGUUUCUGUGGACUGAUGUGCAGCCAGAGGCAAGAGGGACUCGUUACAAGCUCAGGACGAGAUUCACAAAUAAUGUUACUGCUCUGAUGCUCACAUUGCUUUUCAAAUGAGUGAUGGAGGAAGUAUUCAGAUCCUUGGGGGCAGAAAAAAGUACUAAUAAUACUACACUGUAAAAAUAUCAGCAUCAACAUAUACUUAAAGUACCAAAACUAAAAGUACUUAUUUUGCAGAAUGGCCCAUUACAGAAUAAUAUACAAUGUCACUGGAUUAUAGAUAUUGCAUUAAUGUGUUACUCACUUUAAUGUUGCAGCUGGUAAAGGUGGAGCUCAUUUGAACUACAUUAUAUUCUGCUGGGUAGCUUAAUCCAUAAUAAUACAUCAUAUUGUAUUAGUUGAGUUAUGUUUUGUUUUAAUAAUAAUAAGAAUUAUUAAUCAUAUUAAUUUACAGAUGUCAAAUCCCAAUCUGGUGUAAUAUGUACACAUGAACAAUUUUCUUUGUCUUUCUUUCUUUAUUGAACUGUAUACUGUAUUUACAAACAUACAGACAUUAUUCAGCAGCUAUAUAGAUGCAUAAUUGUGUAUUAAAAAAACAUUGAAAAUUAUAUAAAAUAUGUAAAUAAGCUUUAAAAUUUAAUACGGUUUUGAUUAAGUGUGAAAGUCAGUUCUUGACUUUGGACACAAUAGUGGGUUUUGUUUUUUUAAAGUACAGUAACAGUAUAUAAUAUAUAGUAACAGUAUAUAGUAUAUAGUAACAGGAAAGGCCAGAGCAGACUCUACCUUCUCAGGGGACUAAGGUCUUUUGGAGUCCUGAAGACCUUUUAUGACACUGUGAGGGCAUCAGCCAUUUUUUAUGGAGUGGUCUGCUGGGGCAGCCGCAUCUCGGCUGCGGAGAGGAAGAGACUAGACAGACUGAUCAGGAAGGCCAGCUCUGUCCUGGGAUGCCCCCUCGACACAGUGGAGGUGGUGGGAGAGAGGAGGAUGAUGGCUAAGCUGUCAUCCAUGAUGGAGAAUGACUCCCACCCCAUGCAGGAC